CGAUUCUGCCAACACUAGCUCCUUGUUUUAUAUUAAAUGGAGUGUGAUAUUGCUGUGCUGCGUGUUGAUACAGAAAAAUGGUGAAGUUACAACCGUUGGAAUUUAUCGACUGUUUGAUCGACAGUCCCGAUUUUCGUGAAAAUUUAAACAAACAUGAGAAAGAAUUGGAAAAAACCAGCCAACAAAUUAAACGCAUCAUCAAAGAAAUUAAGGACCUGCUUGCCGCUGCCAAAAGUCUGUCGCGAGCGCAACGUACACUAUCAAAAAGUUUGAAAGAAUUCAAUUUUGAAUGUAUAGGGUCUACUCAAACUGAUGAUGAACAGGUGAUAGCAGAUAGUUUAAAACAAUUCAGUAAACUUAUUUCCGCCAUUGAAGAAGAGCGAGACAAUAUGCUUGACCGUGCCCAUGAUCAAAUAGUGUUGCCGUUAGAAGAGUUUAGAAAAGUACAUAUUGGUGGUGUUAAGGAAAACAAAAAAAAAUAUGAUAAGAAAACGGCGAAGUUUUGUCAAGCCCAGGAACGUUUUCUUAAUAUGUCUUCGAAAAAAGCGUCACCAGCGGUCGUUGAGGCUGAUGCAUCCUUGGGAAUGCUCGAAAGAGAGUAUCUUAGAGAAUCGUUGAGUUACGUUUUGGGCAUACAAGAAGUACAGGAACGGAUAAAGUUUGAGUUUGUGGAAAUCAUUUUAAGAUUUUUAUCCGAUUGGCUAGUAUUUUAUCAUCUUGGCCAUGAAGUAGCGGAAGACGCUAAAGAAUAUUUAUCGGACCUUCAGCUGAAAGUUCAAAAAACUCGAGAAAAUUUCGAUGAAACUCGACAAAAGGCACAGGAGCUGAAAAAUAAAUACAUGGACAGCAAAAUGAAACCGGACAGUGAAUAUACCAAGCAAGGCUAUCUAUAUUUGAUGGAAAAAAAGUUCGCUGUUGUAACAUGGUCAAAGUAUUACUGCACAUAUAAAAAACAAAGCAGAGAGUUUUCUAUGGUGCAAUAUAACCAAAUGUCCGGACGUUCGCAACAAACCACGCCUGAAGUUUUUACACUUGUUUCAUGCACGAGAAGACUAUCUGAGUUUGAAAAACGGUACUGCUUUGAUCUCAUGUUUAACGAAAGGACCACAAUGAUAUACACAUUCCAAGCCCUCAGUGAGGAAGACAUCAAAGCUUGGCUUGAUGCAAUGGAUGGGAAAGAACCGGCACAUUUAACGCUGUCAACUAAGUACAACGAAGAUAGCACAUUGGACGAAGUUGGAUUUUCGUUUGUAAGAAAAUGUAUAGAAGUUUUGGAAAAACGUGGUCUGGAAGAAGAGGGUUUAUACCGCAUUGGAGGUGUUAGCACGAAAAUCGCAAAAUUGUUACAGAUGGGAUUGGAUCGUAAAAAGACUGAAAAGGAACGUCUUAGUUUCUUCAAUGACGAUCAAACGGGUCCCAAUACGGAAAUUCUCGAAAGUAAAACGAUUGCCAGCGCGCUUAAGCAAUAUCUGCGUCAUUUGAACGAACCAUUAAUGACAUUCCGUUUGCAUCAUGCAUUUAUAGCGGCUGCUAAACAAGAAACACGAGCAAAUAGAAUCAACGAAGUUCAUCAAUUGGUAUAUAAGCUACCGAGAAACCGUUUUGAGAUGCUGGACAUUGUCAUUUGCCAUUUAAAAUCGGUUUCACUGAAAUCUGAUCGUAAUAAGAUGUCUGUCUUCAACCUUGGAGUCGUUUUUGGCCCGACAAUUUUACGAGCUGCUGAAGAAACGGUUGCUGCUAUAUUGGACAUAAAGUUUAAUAAUGUCGUAAUCGAAAUAUUGAUUGAAAAUUAUGAUAAAAUUUUCAAAAGCAUUCCGCCAACAGUACAGCUCGGUGGUACCGUUGAUUAUGUAACACAUUCCAUUACCAAUGCUUCAUUCCAAGGACCGCGUAGCGAUGGGAGUGGUGUUCCUGGUUCAUUAACCGUAGGACACACCUCCACAAUGGCCAGUGGCGGUUAUUCCAAAGAAAGUACAUCAUCUUCGGCACAUCCUAUUUACGCACAAGCACAACCAGUUGUUCGUGUAGUCGCAAAGUCAAAUUAUACGGAAUCAGUCAUGUCAUCAAGUUUGCAAAACAUAUCCAAUGGAUUAACUCAGCUGUAUAGCAAGGGCACGAACCACUAUCCCACAUAUGAAGCCAAACCAACUAUAAUUUCUUCAUCAAAUAUCAACCCGGGAUCAUCUGCAGCUAUGGUUCGAGAUCAAGCAGUACUAAGUCAAUUAAAGUCUAAUACUAGCUCGCCGCCUAAACAUCAUCAUGGACUACAUCAUCAACAACCUUUAAUGAUCAAUUCUUCGGCGUAUCAUAACACAACAAAGGGGAGUAGCCCUAGUAACGUUCUUAACUACAAACAUCACCAACAGCCGGCUUCUUCCAUAUCAGUUGGUUCGUCUGUAUCCGGCAGUAACCAAAUGUCUCCAAACUACGAUCGUGCAAUGCAUCAUCAUUACAAGGUGCGUAGUAAUGGUGGAAGUGGUACGGCUGGUAUUGAUGGUAUAGGCAGUAGCGUGUACGGAAGAGCAUCGGUAUUAGCCAGCAGUGAUUCUAAUUUGACUGGUUCACGUAAGGAACUUUCAAUUUAUGAACGCAUCAACUCGACGAGCAGUUCCAACGAGUCUGUAUGUUCUUCGUCUGGAGGAGGUGCUACAGGAAUUUCGACAGGAGUCUUUCAACCCAAUCAUGGAAGCUGGGCAGGAAACGAUUUCAAUAGUAUUAUUAUAAGCAACAAUAAUCCAUCAACAUUCACUCCUAUGAAUGCUCCUGGGAACAGCGGCAGCUCUGUGGGAUUGAUUACUUCACUAGGUGGUGCCGUAUCCGAUGAUUCUGCCAGUCCAAGCUGCUAUAAGCCGAAGAAGUCUCAACGGAUUAAAGAAACUGGUCGUGGUUAUCAAACACAGCACGCACAACAUCAUUUGAUGCCUUCGCAACCGUUUGUGCAACAGAAGGUAGAUAAGCAAACAUUUCCAGCAAGAGAAAACUUAAGGGUGCGAACACUUUACGCAUGUUUGGCUGAAAAUGAUGGUGAAUUGUCAUUCGAGCCCAAUCAAAUCAUAACAAAUGUACGACGUUCAAAUGAACCAGGAUGGCUAGAAGGAACGCUGAAUGGUAAAUCUGGUUUGAUACCCGAAAACUAUGUUGAAAUACUAAAGUAAAAAAUAACGUAUCCCACAUAACGUAUCCUGCAGUCACUAGCAUGUAAUAGAAUGUGAUGGAUGAUUGUUACACGCUGUUUGUGUAUGUUAACGUAUUGAUGUGAGCCAAAUACUUGAAAAUAAUAGUGAAAAUACAUUUAAUGUAACAUACAAUGUGCAUACAUUCCACAACAAUUUGCUGCUGUCAUUAAGCUAGCAUGCAAACUAGCAUUUUCUUAUGUGAAUUAGAUAAGUCUUUAUGAAAGUUUUCCAUUUUUUAUAACUUUUAUUUUCGUUAUGAGAGUAAACUCGGUUAAACUAUAUACAACAAAAACUUUAUGUUACAAUACCUUUAUGCCAUUAAAUAUUUAUUACAAACAUCUUUUGUAAUAAUUGUUCUACUAAUUGUAUUAUUUUAUCGAAAGGUUGUAGGGCUUCGUUUUGUAUAAAGUAUUUGAUCAACAAUUUUUAAUAUAAGGUAGGAAUAACAAUGUGAGAUGCGUUGUAGAACACCAAAAUAACUGUAAAAUUGGAAAAAUAUUUUAUAAACAAUGUAUAUUAAAUACCCACCUUAUCAACAUGCUUAUAACUUGCGUAUUUUUUUAAAUAUUUCAAGUGCAAUAAAGUAUAUUUGAAUAUGCUUGUAACAAU